UUAUUUCCAUUGAGCCAGGCCCAGAUUCCACCACCACCACCACCACCACCAGGUCCAAAUGCUAGCGAACAUUGCUUGGGCCUUCAAAGUUCAAACCCAUGAAGAUCUCCCCUCAAUUUGUCUUGUCCCACGUGCGUUGUUCGUGCGAGUGUAGGAAUUAAGAGGAGAAAACUAAAAGCAAAAAAACUGAAGUGCUCCUCCAGUUGAAUAGUAGAGCAGAGGAUCUCUGGCCUCUUGAUGCAGCGGAGGGGACUUCAGAUCGGUUGGUUUAAUUUUCCUGCAGAGGGAGGGAGAGAUGUCAGACCUGGACAGACAAAUAGAGCAGCUAAGGAAAUGCGAACCUCUGAAGGAAUCCGAAGUGAAGGCUCUCUGCCUUAAAGCCAUGGAAAUCCUCGUUGAGGAGAGUAAUGUUCAAAGAGUCGACGCGCCUGUCACUAUAUGUGGUGACAUUCAUGGGCAAUUUUAUGACAUGAAGGAGCUAUUCAAAGUGGGUGGUGAUUGUCCAAAGACAAACUAUUUGUUUCUUGGAGAUUUUGUUGAUAGAGGAUUUUACUCUGUCGAGACAUUUCUGCUUCUACUAGCCCUGAAGGUGAGGUAUCCAGAUAGGAUAACACUCAUAAGAGGGAAUCAUGAAAGUCGCCAGAUCACGCAGGUAUAUGGAUUUUAUGAUGAGUGCCUACGUAAAUAUGGUUCUGUGAAUGUCUGGAGAUAUUGUACAGAUAUAUUUGAUUACUUAAGUCUGUCAGCUCUCAUUGAGAACAGGAUUUUUAGUGUCCACGGUGGCCUCUCUCCCGCCAUAUCCACAUUAGAUCAGAUUAGAACAAUUGAUAGGAAGCAGGAAGUACCCCAUGAUGGUGCCAUGUGCGACCUUCUAUGGUCAGAUCCUGAAGACAUAGUAGAUGGUUGGGGUUUGAGUCCUCGAGGUGCCGGUUACCUUUUUGGAGGCAAUGUUGUCGCUUCUUUCAAUCAUUCAAAUAACAUUGAUUUCAUAUGCCGUGCACAUCAGUUGGUUAUGGAAGGAUAUAAAUGGAUGUUUAACAACCAGAUUGUUACAGUCUGGUCGGCUCCAAAUUACUGCUACAGAUGUGGUAAUGUGGCUGCAAUUCUUGAACUGGAUGAGAACUUGGACAAGCAAUUCCGGGUGUUUGAAGCAGCUCCACAUGAAUCAAGAGGAGCUCCUUCCAAGAAACCUGCACCGGAUUACUUUCUUUGAGAUCCCACUUAAGAGUCUCUUCUUCUAAAUCAUCCAGUGCACAAAUUGAUUUACAAAGACGAUAGAAAACGACAUAUGAUGGGUCGGCAAUCGGCAUUGUAAAGGAUCAGCUCCUUUAAUGGCCAACAACUUGGUAGUUUUGGGUCCUCGAUUUGGUUUACUGUGAUUGUAAUUUCUUUUUCCCUUUUUUUAAUGUUCUCCUAUAAGAGUAUAAAAUAUGUUCCAUUACAUGUCUGUGCCAUUGAUAUAGAGUCGGUCCCUCUCAGCUCAGAGCUAGGAGAUUCGAGAUUUAUACAAAAAAUAAGCUUUUUCUCUUGCCUCC